AUGGCUGAUCAACUAACUGAAGAACAAAUUGCUGAAUUCAAGGAAGCGUUCUCGCUGUUUGACAAGGAUGGCGAUGGAACUAUUACCACCAAGGAGCUUGGCACAGUCAUGCGUUCGUUGGGUCAGAAUCCUACGGAAGCUGAGUUACAAGACAUGAUUAACGAAGUUGAUGCGGACGGUAAUGGUACGAUCGACUUUCCUGAGUUUCUUACCAUGAUGGCUCGUAAGAUGAAGGACACUGACUCGGAGGAGGAGAUUUUGGAGGCGUUCAAGGUGUUUGACAAGGACGGAAAUGGUUUUAUUUCGGCUGCUGAACUUCGUCACAUCAUGACCAACUUGGGGGAGAAGCUAACAGACGAAGAAGUUGACGAGAUGAUUCGUGAAGCUGACAUCGAUGGCGACGGACAGAUCAAUUACGAGGAAUUUGUCAAGAUGAUGAUGUCGAAGUAA